CCCUACCUUGAGCACUUAGCCGCUUACACAUUUCAUUUUAAAUAACUUUGUUCAAACCCGUGUUGUAAGAGUUGCAUUGCCUGAAACUGUAUCUGUGUAAUUCAGCAUUCAAGCUACUUAUUCAUUAAAAGAGCAAAGUUAUGGACGAUCAUCAGCAAGAUGCGAAUUCAGCUUUAAUGGAACUAGAUAAAGGUUUAAGAGCACAUAAGUUGGGUGAACGAUGUGAAGCAAUUGUACGAUUCCCAAACCUGUUUUCAAGAUUUCCAUUCCCUAUCUUAAUCAACUCUGCUUUUCUUAAGUUGGCUGAUGCAUUUAGAACAGGGAACAAUUUUCUGAAGCUGUGUGUUUUGAGAGUUGCACACCAAAGUACAAAACAUUUAGACAAAAUCUUAAAUGUGGAUGAAUUUAUGUGUCGGCUUUACAGUGUCAUACAUAGCAAUGAUCCAUAUGCAAGAGCUAUUACUUUAAGGAUGCUAGGCAGUGUGGCUUGCAUUAUAAAAGACAAGAAGAAUGCCCAUCACAGCAUACAGCAGGGCCUUGAUUCCCAUGAUAGAGUGGAACAAGAUGCAGCGAUUUACGCCACAAUCCAGUUUGCUUCUCAUUCCCAUCAGUUUGCAUCCAGUAUUUGUAAUAAGAUUGCUGCCAUGUUACAAGGAUUAUCUACUCCACUUGAAGUAAAGUUAAAGCUGAUUCCUGUGCUUCAACACAUGCAUUAUGAUGUACAGAUUUCAUCCAAGGCGCGUAGUGUUCUUCAAAACCUCCUUCCAUCAUUUCCAGCACAGGAUUUUGUCCUUACUACUUUAAACACUCUCACAAGUCUCUCUCUUCAUUCACUUAUUGAUGUUUCAUCACAGGUGGCGCUGUUGCAUCAAUAUUUGCGUUGUGACCCAAGAGAAGCAUUGAAGCGGAACUCGUUGAUAAACCUGAACGUCCUUGCAAGUAAAGCCCCUCAUUUAUGGAGGAGUGAGGAUAGUUCUGCAUUGUGUGAGGCUUACAAGUUAUCCACAUUAGCUGAUUCAUUAAAGCAAGGAAUUCUUCAAGUUCUCUGCACUUUAACUGAUACAACAUUACUUGUACAGCUUGAUAUACAGGAAGAUGGUUCUUUGGUGAAGCUAUGUCGCCAAUGUUGUUACGAUGCUGAUUUAAUACAAGCAGCUCUUGCCACAAGAUUGUUUGUUUCUAUUUCAAACCAUGCUCUGCAUUCUAAUGAACAUAACCAUGCUAUUUUGGCAACUGAAGCCAUGGAAUCAGCUGAAACCUUACUGCUCACAUUAGCACCUUCCAGUAAUGCAAAUGCACAAGAUAAGAGAGCACUUAAGAUAAUUCUUCCUACCUUGCAACAUUUAAGCUGCGACAAUUCGGAAAUUGACGUUCGACUCGCUGAGGACAUCAUGUGUUUGCUUUCUAGUGAAGAAAUACCAAUCUGCAGCGACACAAGUAAAAUUUUGCUUGAAACUCUUGCGUCUCUUGUUACCACUAGUUCCACACCAAAUAUUUUACACCACCUCACUGGAGAUCUUUUCAAGUUGCUAAAACUCACAACAGAAGAAAGUGCAGAACAUUCAAAUACAGACCACGCACAGAAAAAUGCUACCCUAAUCUGUGUUCUGCUGUUUGGGGCAAACAAUAAGAAGAAAAAUGUCAGGUUUUCAACCAAGUUGUUGGACACUAUAGAAACACCAUUAAAUAAUUGGACUCUAUACAGAAUUGCACGCCAAGCUUCAAGAUUGGGCCAACACGAAGUUGCUCAUUCACUCUUCAAAAAAGUUUCCAACACUGUGGCAUCUGAGCACCAUUACUUCUGGUUAACUGGCCUUGCAGAUCUUGCCUUUGCUGAAUCAACUAUUAAAGAAACCUCAGUUAUUGGUCAAAACUGCUCUGACAAAACCGUGAAAAAUUUACAUAAUGCAAUACAUUGGUAUCCACCACGGCAUUACAUCCACUUACGGUUACUGGCUGCAGUUACCCCAAACCACCCUCUAACUUUCCAAUGUGAAUACGCCCGUUUACGUAAUGAAACACUGCAAGCCCAUGCUCAGUUACUAAGCGCGUGUUCACUUAUCCGUACUUGUCCCCCAUCUGCCGCUGCAGCAUCACCUACUGGUAAAAAGAACGGAGACCAGAACGAGAUACUUAUCACAAGAAUGAAAGCUUGUGCAGACUGGUUUAUGUCGGUUGAAACCGGUUACAGCAACCUGCAUAUGACCUCAUUUGAUUCUGACCCAAAGACAUUGUUAAACAUUGACCAGUUACAGCAGAUAAAAACAAGCAUUUUUUUAUUUUCUAUCCACCUUAAGCUGACAGAUUGUUUGGCCAUGUGUUCGUCUACAAUUCUUUCGGUUCCUCAUUCAUUUCCAAGAUAUUUCUACCAAAGUUUACAAACCACAAGUAUAAAGCUUGCUAUCUCACCAAGCCAGCGUGGUACAAGCGGACCUGUGAACGUUGAAAUCAACCAACAAUUUACGUUGAAAGUGGAAGGCGUGAUUCAGCAUGUUAACUCAACUGAUAGUGAUGUCAUAGAGUGCGCGGGCGAUCGUGACGAGACGUAUAAAAAGUUUCGAGAGGUUGCGAGAGUCAAACUCAGCCUUCGAAAAACCAAACAAGGGCAAGCCAAAGUCACUAACACAAAGGUCGAUGAGGGAAAGUCUCAUUUUGUACAGACGGUAAAUCCACGAAACGAUUACUUUAGCACGCAGUUUCUUGUCAAUUUUCCACUAGCAGGUAUUUACAUGCUACAUAUUGAAACCAACGUCGAAGAUGGAGACGGCGUUUGGUGGAAAACAGGACCUAAAGAGACUGUCCUUGUUAAGGCAUACGAUGACAGUGUACGAAUUCAACAACAGACACAACAGUCACAAGCCCGUUCGACACCAACAAACCGAUAGUUGUACAACGCUAAAAAUACACACGCUGCUUGCCCACCCCCUUAUGGAUCGUUGCGGCCACUUGUUUUUUGCAUUGUGACGAAUCCGAUGUCCGUUUGUGACAGUACACAGCAUGUACUGUGACGAGUUUUGACCUAUGCGUGUAUGCGAGUGGAUGCGUCAUCAAUUUGGAGCGGGCGUUUCC